CUCUAACGUCAAAUAAAUUGCCAGCCGUAAAUUCGUUCAUUUCAGUAUUGUUGAUAGAGAGUGAACGUCGUCUCCGUCGCAUAAUUUAUUAUUAUUUAUUUUACAAAAAAAUUGAGGUGACGUUCAUCGUUUUGGAUUUAUUAGUGCGUAUAAGUGACAAUGCCGGCAAGAGCAACAGACGCACACAUGAACGGGCCCAGCGCCGUUGUCGACGACGUCGUCAUAUCUGGUAUAUCGGGACGUUUCCCCGAAUGUGACAACAUCGAAGAACUAAAACAGAAGCUUUUCGAAGGAGUCGAUUUGGUCACAGACGACGAGAGAAGAUGGCCGUCAAAACUUCACGGACUUCCCACGCGAACAGGGAAAUUGAAAAAUUUGGGCCAUUUCGACGCGACAUUUUUUGGCGUGCACGCGAAACAGGCACACGUCAUGGACCCGCAGUUACGUAUACUUUUAGAGGUAACAUAUGAAUCAUUGGUCGAUGCCGGAUUCAACCCCGCCGAACUCAGGGGGUCGCGAACGGGCGUUUUCAUCGGAGUAUCUGAAAGUGAAUCUGGCAUUUAUUGGAAAGACGAUCCAGACAAAGUCAACGGGUAUGGCUUAACGGGAAGCUGCAGAGCUAUGUUUGCAAAUAGGCUGUCGUACACCUUCGACUUUACCGGACCCAGUUACGCACUUGACACAGCGUGUUCCAGCAGUUUGGUUGCGAUGCAAAGAGGUGUCGCCGCAAUCAAAUCUGGUGAAUGUGAUGCCGCCAUCAUCGGCGGGUGCAACAUCUGCAUACAGCCCACGACUUCCCUCCAGUUUCAUCGACUGAGCAUGUUAAGCGAAGCAGGCAUGUGCAAAGCGUUCGAUUGCACAGGGAAUGGGUACGUACGCUCGGAAGCGGUUGGAAUUAUGUUCCUACAAAAAGCAAGCAACGCGCGUAGGGUUUACGCAACAGUCUUAGGAGCCAAAUGCAACACAGACGGACACAAACAACAAGGAAUCACGUUCCCUUCGGGAGCAAUGCAAAACAAAUUAAUCAGAGAAGUCUACAGCGAAGUUGGGAUUAACCCGGCCGAAGUCGCGUAUGUGGAGGCCCACGGUACCGGGACCAAAGUCGGCGACCCCCAAGAACUGAACUCAAUCGCCGAUGUGUUCUGCGAAAAUCGCAAAGAACCCCUACUCAUCGGCUCCGUCAAGAGCAACAUGGGCCACUCCGAACCAGCAUCCGGAGUUUGCUCCAUGGCAAAACUAGUAAUCGCAAUGGAAAGCGGGAUUAUCCCCCAGAACCUCCACUUCACAUCGCCCAACACCGAAAUCCCCGCCUUGUUGGAUGGGCGCUUUAAGGUCGUCGCGAAAAAUGAGCCGUGGAACGGCGGUCUUGUCGGCGUAAACUCCUUCGGUUUCGGUGGCGCCAACGUCCACGUUCUGCUUCGCUCCAAUCCCAAACCGAAAACCACGUGGCCAUCCGAAGAGAUUCCCCGUUUGGCCGUCGUCUCCGGUCGCACCCAAGAAGCGGUCGAGAAACUCCUCGACCGUGUCGAGGCGAACAAAACCGACGAGGAAUUCAUGGCACUCCUCAACGACAUUCACUCGCAGAACAUCGUCGGUCACACCUAUCGGGGUUACACAGUUGCCGGUCCCACUCCAAUUCGUGAAAUUGGCACUGUCGGCUUCGACAAGCGCCCCCUGUGCUUCGUGUUCUCAGGGAUGGGCUCGCAAUGGCCCGGUAUGGCGAAGCAGCUAAUGCAACUGGAAGUUUUCCGUAACUCCAUCAAGAAGAGCGCCGAAACGCUAAAGCCACACGGUGUUAAUUUGGAAGAUAUAAUCAUCAAUGGUAAUGAAACCACUUUCGAAAACGUUCUGAACUCCUUCGUCUCUAUUGCUGCUGUACAAAUUGCGCUAACUGACGUUUUGAGUAAGUUGGGCAUUGAACCUGACGUUAUCCUAGGUCACUCCGUUGGCGAAGUUGGAUGCGCGUAUGCCGAUGGUACUCUUACAGCUGAGCAGUCGAUCAUGGCCGCGUACUCCCGAGGACGCGCCAUUCUCGAAUCCAAACUGCCCCUAGGCGCCAUGGCCGCAGUAGGAUUAUCGUGGGAAGAGUGCAAGCGACGUUGCCCACCCGAAAUCGUAGCCGCGUGUCACAACAGCAAGGACAGCGUGACCAUCUCCGGUCCACCGAAAGCAAUCGAGGAUUUCGUCGCCCAGUUGAAAUCCGAAGAGAUCUUCGCCAAAGCCGUCAAAAGCUCCGGACACGCUUUCCACAGCAAGUACAUCGCGGAAGCCGGCCCGAAACUGCGCAAAGCCCUGGACGAAAUCAUCCCCAACCCCAAGCCGCGCACAUCGCGUUGGAUCUCCUCGUCAAUUCCAGAAUCGGCAUGGAACACCCCGAUCGCCCAGCUCAGUUCGGCGGCCUACCACGUUAACAACCUACUCUCGCCCGUACUCUUCCACGAAGCCAUUCAGCACGUCCCAGAGAACGCGAUCGCGAUCGAAAUCGCCCCCCACGGUCUUCUUCAGGCCAUCCUCAAACGCGCACUGGGACCCAACACAACCAACAUCAGCCUUGUCAAACGCGACGCCCCCGACAACAUCGACUUCCUACUGUCGGCGAUCGGAAAAAUCUACAACGCCGGCGCCCAGCCACAACUGGCGCACCUCUACCACCCGGUGCAGUACCCCGUCGGCAGGGGCACCCCGAUGAUCAACUCGAUGGUCGAAUGGGACCACUCGACCGAAUGGUCCGUCGCCGAUUUCUCAGGCAAGGGUUCGCGGUCGGGCGAGCUCGUAGUUAACAUCGACCUAAGCAAGGACACCGACGCGUACUUGGCCGGUCACGCCAUCGACGGUCGCGUUCUUUUCCCUGCGACUGGAUAUUUGACUUUGGUCUGGAAAACGAUGGCCAAGUUGAGGAACGAAGAUUUCGAACAAAUGCCCGUUGUAAUCGAGGACGUACAAUUCCACCGCGCGACAAUCAUGCCGAAAGACGGCACCGUUAAAUUCUUGAUCAACAUCUUCGAAGGUUCCGGCGAAUUCGAAAUCUGCGAAAGCGGAGCCGUGACCGUUUCCGGUAAAAUAUUCGUCCCCGAAGACGUCACGCGGGAAUUCAUCGACCUUCCUCCACCUUCCGUCAAUUCUAAUCCGGAGCACAUCGCGCUUACAACCGGUGACAUCUACAAGGAGCUCAGACUGCGCGGCUACGACUACGACGGCAUCUUCAAGGGCAUCAGUAAUUCCGACAAUUACGGAAUUAACGGCAAACUCAAGUGGGAGAAGAACUGGAUCAGCUACAUCGAUACCAUGCUACAGUUUUCAAUUUUGGGACAGAACACUCGCGAAUUGUACCUUCCGACGAGGUUGCAACGCGCCAUUAUCAACCCCAAGCUGCACGCGGAGCUUUUCGAGAAAUACGCCGAAGGCGAUAACUGUAUGACCGUAAACAUGCACCGUGAAAUUGGUAUCAUCAAGUCCGGCGGAAUCGAAUUGCGCGGAAUGAAGGCCAGCUUGGCGCCGAGACGUCAACAAUCGCAGGCGUACCCAAAACUAGAGAAGUACGAGUUUACGCCUUACGAUAACGUCAUCUCCAUGGAAGACUUCGCUAAGGGCCAACAUCAAGCCCUCUCCGUCAUGGUUCACACAGUAUUGGAAAACAGCGGCGCGCUCAAACUUAAAGUGAUGGAAGUCGCCCAAGAUCGAUCGGUCGAAAACAUUCUGGCGACACACGUCAAAAAUAUAAUCGAAUCAGAACCGAUGUUGUCAGUCGACUACACUGUCGUCACCCAAACUCACAUUGACACCACCGAAUUUGACAAUAACGAAAUUAAAGUCGUCCAAAAAGAUGUAAUGGCCGGAGCUUUUGAUCAAAAUGUUCACCUCAUUGUCCUCGCUGACGUAGUGCUCCACAAGAAGACUGAACUGAUUAUGAACGCCAUGAACACACUGAAAGCUGGAGGUUUCAUUCUGACUGAGGAACCCAAACAAGCAGUCGACACCAAGCUCAUCACCUCGCUCGGUUUGGAUGUAGUCUCCACCCAAACUGCUGGAACCAAAACGUACGUUUUGAUGCGCAAGAUCACCGAAAUACCUGCCGACGCAUCCGUGUUGACAAUCACGGAAACUAACUUUGCAUGGGUAGAGCCGCUCAAAGACGCUAUGAAGAAGAGCGAAACCGACAACAUGAAAAUAUACCUGGUGUGCCAGGGUGAAGAAUUGACCGGUUUAGUCGGAAUGGUGAACUGCCUUAAGCAAGAACCAGGUGGCGCUCACGUUCGCGCCUGUUUCAUUCAAGACAAGAACGCUGAGACUUUCUCGUUAACCUCCGCUUUCUACAAGAAACAAUUACAGAAGGAUUUAAUCCACAAUGUGCUCAAAAACAAAACCUGGGGCUCCUACCGCCAUAUGUUGCUCGAUCAGCACAACAACAGCGCAACUUUGCACGUGGAGCACGCCUACGUUAACACACUGACCCGUGGUGAUUUAGCCAGCUUGAAGUGGAUCGAAGGACCGCUCACUUAUUACAAGCCCGAUGGUAAAUCGUCACUCUGCACCGUCUACUACGCCCCACUUAAUUUCCGUGACAUUAUGUUGGCGACUGGAAAGUUACCUCCGGAUGCGCUCCCUGGCGAUUUGGCAGGGCAAGAGUGUAUAAUGGGCUUGGAGUUUUCAGGAAGAGACGAUCUUGGUCGACGCGUGAUGGGUAUGGUCGACGCUCGCAGUUUGGCCACAACUUGCAUCGCCGACCCAGAGUUCCUCUGGGAAGUUCCGGAGAAGUGGAGUCUGGAGGAAGCCGCUACUAUUCCUGUGGUUUAUGGAACGAGUUACUACGCCCUGAUCGUCCGAGGACAACUGCAACCAGGAGAAUCCGUCUUAAUCCACGCAGGCGCCGGUGGCGUUGGUCAAGCGUCGAUCGCCAUCGCCCUUCACAUGGGCUGCACCGUAUUCACCACCGUCGGUAGCCAAGCCAAACGUGAUUUUCUAAAGAAGACCUUCCCACAAUUGAAGGACGAGAACAUUGGCAACUCUCGUGACACCAGCUUCGAGCAGUUGAUCAUGAAGCAAACGCGCGGACGUGGUGUGGACGUUAUCUUGAAUUCGCUCGCCGCCCACCAACUUCAGGCGUCCGUGCGCUGUCUCGCGAUGGGCGGUCGCUUCUGCGAGAUCGGAAAGGUCGACUUGUCCAACAACUCUCCUUUGGGCAUGAACGUCUUCUUGAAGAACACAUCCUUCCACGGAAUCCUGCUGGAUGCGUUGCUGGGUACCGAUAACCGUGACAAACCCGAAAUAAUCAAAUUGAUGAACGAGGGCAUUAAGAGUGGAGCGGUCAGACCUCUUCCUCGCAUAGUGUUCAAUGAGAACCAAACGGAACAGGCCUUUAGAUAUAUGGCGUCUGGAAAACACAUUGGCAAAGUAUUGUUGCAGAUACGCGAAGAAGAAACUCGCAAGAAUUUGGUACCGGCCAUGAAAACUGUUAGCGCCAUCGCUCGCACUUACAUGGAUCCAGAUAAGACCUACGUACUGGUCGGCGGACUUGGUGGUUUUGGGCUCGAGCUCGCCCAUUGGUUAAUAUUUAGAGGGGCUACGAAGAUAAUGCUCACUUCGCGUAGUGGAGUGAAGACCGGCUAUCAGUCGCUGUGCAUUCGUAGAUGGCGCGCGAAGGGAGUGAACGUUAAGGUUUCCACCACCGAGGCCACCACGGAGAAGGGCGCGAUCAAGCUACUGAAAGAAGCUAGCGAAAUGGGACCGGUUGGUGGUAUUUUCAAUCUUGCUGCUGUUCUCCGAGAUGCUAUGAUGGAGAACCAAUCCGAAGCCGACUUUAAGACUGUCACCGUACCAAAGGUGGACAGCACUAAGCAUUUGGACGCAGCCUCACGCGCAUUAGCGCCUCAUUUGGACCAUUUCGUUGUAUUUUCUUCGGUAUCUUGCGGACGGGGUAAUGCCGGUCAAGCCAAUUACGGGCUGGCAAAUUCAGCAAUGGAGCGCAUAUGCGAGACACGUCAAGCUGCCGGCCUUCCCGGUCUGGCGAUUCAAUGGGGCGCCAUCGCUGACGUGGGUUUGAUUAUUGAGACUAUGGGUGGAAACGAAACCGAAGUCGGUGGAACUUUGCCACAACGCAUUACCUCGUGUCUGAACACCAUGGAUAUUUUCUUGCAACAACCUCAUGCUGUAGUUUCGAGUGUCGUAUUAGCCGAAAAGAAGAAGGGUGCCGGUAGUGGUAGCGAGCUUAGUAUCAUGGAUGCUGUCGCAAACAUCUUAGGCCUUAAGGAUCUUAAAAACAUAUCGCCAACCGCCUCGUUGGGAGAUUUGGGCAUGGAUUCUUUGAUGGGAUCGGAAAUUAAACAAACUUUGGAGAGAAACUACGACAUGACUUUGAGCGCCCAAGAAAUUCGCGCACUUACCUUUGGACGUCUUGGUGAAUUGGCCAGUGGUGGUGCUCCGGUUACCGCAUCCGAAACCGUGGUGACCAACGGAACUAAAUCACACGAAAGUAACGAUGGACAAGUUCAAUUCGAUUUGUCAGUCGACAUCAUGCCUCACAAAGUUCUCUUAAACAUGUCUAAGGAAGUUGACAACAAAAAGACGCCAAUCUUCGUCGUGCAUCCCAUUGAAGGCAGCGUGCACAUCCUCCAAAGCUUAGCAGAUAAAAUUCAAGUUCCUGUCUAUGGUUUGCAAUGCACAACUAUGUGUCCCAUGGACUCCAUUAACGAUCUCGCCAAGUAUUAUGUUAACGAAAUCAAGACUGUACAAAAGAAAGGACCGUACACGCUCAUCGGGUACUCCUUCGGAGCCUGCGUCGCUUUCGAGAUGGGAAUACAACUCGAAACUCUCGGCGAACGCGUCAAGCUACUCCUCUUGGACGGCUCGCACUCGUACGUCGCAACUCACACAAAGAACAAGAAGAAGGGCGACACCGCAGUCGAACAGAGCGGCGCGCUCGUCUUUUUCAUCAAUCAAUUCAAGGAAAUCGAUCAGGCCAAGGUGAUGAUGGAGCUGGCGGUCAUGAAAUCGUGGGAGGAAAGGCUGAACAGGGCAACCGAAAUUUUGUCAGGUCACACUCCUUACACGGACAAGGACGUGAGAGCAGCCGCCGGCAGUUUCUAUUACAAGCUCGUCGCCGCCGACAAGUACAAACCGACUGCCACAUUCAAAGGUGAAAUUACGUUAGUCAAGGCGAUCGAUAACUUCGUUUCCGCUGGAGAGGAUUAUGGACUUGGUUCGGUUUGCAAGCAGAAGGUGGUGGUGCAGCCGCUCGAAGGUAACCACAGGUCGAUACUACAGGGUAAAACCGUACAGAAAAUAGCAGACAUUUUACACAACAUCGUGGGUAAAGCUUAGAGCAGAACGUCGCACUCAAACAUCAUGCAUUCCAUUUCAGUUCAUUACAGUUCCAUGACAUUUUAGUUGAUAGUUUUAAGUGUGAUACCCACGUAAUUAAUCUUGUUAAAGUGAUUAGUGCACAAAAUAUUUUCAAAAUGCACUGUUGCCUAAUAAUAUCGGAGUCCUUAAUGUAUAUUACUUUAUAUAGCUAUGAAAUGUUAUUUUCGUAACUAAAGCGGACUAGACGAAGCGGCGGCUUAGAUAUUUUCGCGCACUCUGUAGAUAUUUUAUUUAUGGCUUAAGGUUAGCUAAUGUGAUGCCAAAGAUCUUUAUGUUACAUCACAAAGUAUAUCAUUUUGUUGAGAUACAUCAUCGAUGUACACUUUGUAUAUAUUGUUGAAUAAAUUUUUUAUACUGUA